AUGUUCGCCGCCACCGGCGUACCGGCCUACAUCAGGACCGACGGAGGGCCCCAGUUCGGCGCCCGGCUCACCCUUGGAGGCCACCAAAUUGCUGUCCUCCGGGUCAUCUCGGGCCACAACCUGGCCAGGAAGGACAUCUUCGGCGCCAGCGAUCCGUACGUCCGAAUCGACCUAGUCCGCGGCGAGGGUGACGAUGAGGAGGUGAUCGACGCCGUUCUCACCAAAACCAAGAGAAGGACGCUGAACCCGGAGUGGAACCAAGAGUUUCUGUUCCGCGUGAAGCCGGCCGAGCACAGACUGGUGCUGGAGGUGUACGACGAGAACCGGCUGACGCGUGACGACUUUCUGGGCCGCAUCGAGCUGCCGCUGGCCACGCUGCCGCGUCAGAGGCCCGGCCGCUCCAUCCCGGAGAAGAAUUAUGUGCUCCGACCGCGCAGCGCCCGCUCGCACGUGCGCGGCCACCUGCGGCUGUUCCACGCGUACGUGCCGGAUCCGUCCGGCCUGCCGGACGACGACGAGUCGCUCGAGGAGCCGUCCGAGCCCGGCCCCGACUGGGAGGUGCUCGACGCCGAGGGGGACGGCCCCGAUGGCGCCAACGCCCAGCAGCCGGCCGCCUCGUCGUCAGACUCGGCGAUGGCGCCGUUGCCGCACGACUGGGAGGAGCGCCAGGACGCCAUCGGACGCGUCUACUACGUCAGCCACGCGCUGCGCCUCACGCAGUGGGAGCGGCCGGACGCCGGGACGACACAAGUGGCCACCUCGGACGAGUCGCAGCGCAGUCUGGACUCGGCGCACGAGGUGUACCGGCGCCGCUUCCACAUCAGCGCCGACGACUCGGACUCCACCCACCAGGACAACUCACCGCUCGUGGACCAGCUGCUGAACAGCGUGUCGCUGCGGGAGGAGGCCGAGGCCAGCUCGCGGCGCGGCUCCACCGUCUCCACGUCGGCGCCGGCGGAUCCGGAGCUGAGCCCCGAGGGUCUGCCAGCCGGCUGGACCGUACAGAGGGCGCCCAAUAACCGGAUCUUCUUCAUCGACCACUGCAACAAGACGACGACGUGGAUCGACCCGCGCACCGGUCGGCCGACGCCGCUGCCGGACGAGCCGGGCCAGCAGCGGCGCGCUGACGACGAGCUGGGCCCGCUGCCGGACGGCUGGGAGGAGCGCGUGCACGCUGACGGACGCAUCUUCUUCAUCGACCACAAGAACCGGACCACCACCUGGGAGGACCCGCGCCUCCUCAACCCCAGCAUCGCCGGCGAGGUGGUACCCUACAGCCGCGACUACAAACAGAAGUACGAGUACCUGAGAAACCAGCUGAAGCGACCGUCGGGCGUGCCGAACAAGUUCGAGAUCAAGGUGCACCGCAACUCGGUGUUCGAAGACUCGUUCCGGAUCAUCACGUGCGUCACCCGGGUGGAGCUGCUCAAGACGAAGCUGUGGAUCGAGUUCCACGGAGAGCCGGCGUACGACUACGGUGGCCUGUCGCGCGAGUGGUUCUUCCUGCUCUCGCACGAGAUGUUCAACCCCUACUACGGCCUGUUCGAGUACUCGGCCAUGGACAACUACACGCUGCAGAUCAACCCAGCUUCGGGCCUGUGCAACGAUGAUCACCUGUCCUACUUCAAGUUCAUCGGCCGGGUGGCCGGCAUGUCUGUGUUCCACGGCAAACUGUUGGAUGGUGAGCUUUCCUUCAUCCGCCCGUUCUACAAGAUGAUGCUGGCCAUGCCCAUCGAACUGAAGGACAUGGAGAGCGUCGACUCGGAGUACUACAAUUCCCUGAUGUGGAUCAAGGACAACGACCCGGCCGACCUGGAGCUGACCUUCGCCGUCGAUGAGGAGAAUUUCGGAAAGAAGAACGAACGCGAGCUCAAGCCGAACGGCGCCAACAUUCCAGUGACGAAUGAAAAUAAUGAGUAUAUCGGCCUGAUCAUCGAGUGGCGCUUCGUGUCGCGGAUCAAGCCGCAGAUGAACGCCAUCCUGGAGGGCUUCAACGAGAUCGUGCCGCUGCCGCUGCUCAAGAUCUUCGACGAGAAUGAGCUGGAGCUGCUCAUGUGCGGCCUGGGCAACAUCGACGUCAAGAACUGGAAGCAGAACACCGUCUACAAGGGCGACUUCCACGCCAACCACAUCGUCAUCCAGUGGUUCUGGCGGGUAUGCUCUGGCCAGCGCUGGAGGAGGACCGUUGGUAGGGCGGAUGGAGUGCGGAGAUGGUCAGUGAACGGGUCGGAGGAGAUUGUUCCAGUAUUGCUUCUCCGCCAUUUUCGUUGAGGUGAUCUUUGAUGCAACCGAGCGACCUCGACCGAGCUUAGUUCUGUACCAAGGAGCUAGUUUGGUUUGGCAACAGGUUUGCACCUCGGGUUGAGGGCCACAGGUGAAUAUCGGAGAGGUAAUUCCAUGGUGUGAAUGAAGG